AUGUCCGUUUGGACAGACCCUUGGAUUCCAGCUCAAUUCCUGAGACCAGCUAUGAGCAAUGGAUCAAUCAUGGAUACUUCUCUACAGAUUCGACAUUUAAUUGAUCGACAAACGAAUUAUUGGCGUCUAGACAUGCUCCAAGAGCACUUUUCCUCGGAAGAUGUCUCUUUGUUAAAUGCUCUCCAAAUUGGUAAUUGGCCGGUGGCAGAUUUCUAUGGGUGGCAUUUUAAAAAGAAUGGAAAAUAUACGGUUAAGGCUGGUUACUAUGUGGCUAGGAUGCGGAAUUUACAAAUGCUGAUUUCAGAGGUGUACAUUACUCCGCUACUUGCAGGCUUAUGGAAAGUAAGGAGUCCCCCUAAGCUUCAACAUUUUAUGUGGCAGGCAAGAAAUGACAAGACUUUUAACAAUAUGGAUAAAAACCCUCUGGAAAUAGUUCGGCUUGCUAAAGAUGAAGCUCGUAUUUGGCAUGACGCACAGGCCGAAGAAUCCCAUCCUCCUAGGGAGGAUCCCGUAGGAGCCUAG